GCGGUGGCCGGAGCACUGCCGGCUCCGGCGCAGGGAGCGUGGGCGGCCGCUUUAAGAGGGCGAGCGCGGGGGUGGGCCCCUCCUCCCUGCUCGCUUCCACUUCCGAGUCCGGGCCGCGGAGGGAAGCAGGCGGCGGCGGCGGCAGCAGCCGGGAAGAAAGAAUCAAAAGUCUAGUCUCUUUUAAGCAGAGCUGAUUGGCAUAGUGGAAAUUGCCAUGAGACUUCUCUGUACUGCACUUUCUUUGGCCUUGAUUUACCAGCUCGUUGAUGCUACGUUAUCAAAGACAGAUGCAAAGAAAAUGGCUUCAAAAACGCUGGAGGAAAAGAUAUGGCAUUCAGACAAAAUUGUACAAGACCGGGGUCUGGUAGUCACUGAUCCAAAGGCAAAAGAUAUUGUGUUGGAACACAAAAGUUACUGUGCCAAGAAAAUGAAGGAGAGACACUUCUUGGGAGAUGUUCUGGGAUAUAUCACCCCUUGGAACAACCAUGGCUACGAUAUUGCUAAAGUGUUUGGAAACAAAUUUACGUUGAUCUCCCCAGUCUGGCUGCAGGUGAAAAGAAAGGGAAAGGAGAUGUUCCAGUUCACAGGGCUCCAUGAUGCUGACCAAGAUUGGAUAAAAGAUGUCAAGAAAAACUCUAAAAACAUCAAAAUAGUUCCUCGGAUUUUGUUUGAUGGCUGGACUUACCAAGAUUUUGAGAGUGUUUUUGGCAGUGAGGAUGAGAUAGAGGAGCUUUCCAAGACCAUGGUGCAAAUAGCCAAGGAAGAAAAUUUUGAUGGAUAUGUAGUUGAAGUGUGGAGUCAGCUGGGAAAUCAAAAGCAAGCGGAGCUGAUUCAUUUACUCACUCACCUCUCGGAAGCUCUCCAUGAAGCACAACUUAAGCUAAUACUGGUCAUCCCACCUGCUGUCACACCAGGGACCAACCAGCUGGGAAUGUUCACAAAGAAAGAAUUUGAUCAAUUGGCCCCAGUAAUGGACAGCUUCAGUCUCAUGACAUACGACUAUUCAACACCACAGCGGCCUGGCCCAAAUUCCCCUCUUCCCUGGGUACGGGCCUGUGUUCAGGUGCUUGAUCCUGAAUCCAAAUGGAGGAGUAAAAUUCUGCUGGGGCUGAAUUUCUAUGGCAUGGACUAUUCAGCACUGGGUGCUUCUGGAGAGCCUAUCCUUGGUAACAGUCAUAGGCCAUGUACCUCCUGCCUCAAGUUCUGAGGAAGAUGAAAGAAUGGAACAUCUGUGAUCUUGAUUGCUCCUGGGUGUCUCAGGCAGUUUUGGCUCCCAAGCAUUCUCCAAACAUCCCUAUGCAUCCAUAUUCAGCUCUUCCCAGGCUUAUUGACUCAGGACAGAGGCAAGAUGAAACACCCCAGUCCAGCAUCCCUCCAUCUAACAGCAUGGUAUUUGCAUGAGCAAUGGACCUAGAAAAUCAUGCUUGGAAGUGACACAAUCCAUCCUGAGCAAUAGUGAAAGAAAUUCCAUAAGGAAAUGCUACACAGCAAAAGGGAAAAGAUCCAGCAUUGCCAGAUACCCCCAGAAGGAGCCAAGAGCCCUAUUAUUCUGGACUAUUUCCUCUUUCUUAAAAUGUCAGAACUAUCUCUCAGCGCCUUGCAGGUCCACUUGGCAGCUAUGAGGGCCUUUCACCGCUGGUGGAUAGCCAUUCAUCUUCCCCCAUCCUAUUACAGUGUGGUUUCUAAAUGGAUUUGUGAGAGCCUCUCCUUUGAUACUGAAACCUAACCCAACAUGGAUCUCAACCUAUGUCCUAUUGGCAUCAAUGCAGGCUCCAUUCUAACCCUUAGCCUUGUAUUUCGUUGUUUAUCUAUCUUUGAAGAUUGCCUUUCUGGGUGCCAUCACCUCAGCCAAAAGGAUAGGGACAGUGGGAACUCUUGUGGCUGAUCCACUUCAUAUAGUCUUCCAUAAGGACAAAGUUCUCCUGGAGUUUAAUUCCAAAUUCGUUCCCAGGUAACCUCGCAAUUUCCUCUAAAUCAUGUUAUUCACUUACUUGUCACUUUCUGAAGCCGCAUGCUACCAGAAAGGACAAAAAACUACACUCUGGAUAUAUGUUGAGCCUUGGCCUUCUACGUGCAGAGGGCAAAACCCUUUAGGAAAUCCCCUAAACCAUUUGUCUCCUUUGCUGGGGAAUAGAGAAGUGUAGACUUGCAUGCGUAUAUGUACGUGAAAAGAAAGGUAUUGAUUUAAUGCUGUAAUGUAAGUAGUGAAUCAACAGGCCCAAGGCAUAUAAGCUAAGGAUGGCUUAGCAUAACUAAGGAUUGGGCUUGACAUGGUUAGAUGAUAGGCAGGUGACCUUAAGUCACAAGGUAAAGUAUAAACAGCAUGGAAGUAUUAAAAAUUAGUCAGCUAGUGUUAAGUAAGAAACCACAAACGCAGGUUACAGUUUAGGAUAUUUUUAGGCAAUAUGUAUAACUGAAGCUCACAAGGUUUGAUUGUAAUAUUCCUAUAAGAACAUAAGAAUGGCCAUACUGAGUCAGACCGAAGGUCCAUCUAGCCCAGUAUCCUGUCUUCUGACAGUGGCCAAUGCCAGUUGCUUCAGAGGGAAUGAA